AUGGUUUCGCCAGUAAAGGCCUUUACCCCGAAGUACGUUGACGAUCAGAUCUGCUCUCAGGUUCAAUGCAGAUUAGCAGUAAUUGCAGAGCUUGCUCAUGGAGGAAUAUUGGCUAAGCGUGAAAGUGACCCAAAUACACAGAUAGCUCCUAGUGAACUAAAAGUCACUGUAGACACAAUGAAGUUCAAUCCAGUAGCAUUCAGUAUUGGUGGAGAAAAAUGCAUUUGUUUGUCUGCAGAAAGUACCCUGCAUCGGGGUAGAAAAGAAGGUUCGGUACUUUGUAUAGUUGCCACAGAAAAGUGUUUGAUUGCAUCAGUUACUGCAGAUAGAAUACCAGGUGACCAGCUCAACCUAGUUGUUGAAAAGUUAGGGGACUACUUGAGAUUGUCUGGUUACUGA